AAUCGAUGCUUGUCCACCUCUUGAAAAAACCCGUGAGGUUUUGCGUUUUGCAUUUAAAAAAAACCCCAACGCCCGUGGAAUAGUCAAUAAAUUGAUUGGAAGCCCAAUCAGCCUCGUUUCGACCCCAUUGUACGCGAGUGCAGCGAGCCCAAGCGAUCCCCCGAUCGAUCGAAUCGAAUCGAAAAAAGGUAAACCGACGUCGGCGACAGCGGAAUACCCGAGAUACCGAGAGCCAAGGCAGCGACAGAAUAAAGAAACAAGGAAACAUUUGCACGCCAGCGGAGCAACUGCAGCAGAGCACCGAGCGACAAGAAAAACCACUUCAACAAAAGAGGAUAACAUACUGGAAGUGCCCCACACACACUGCCACACCGCCACUGCUGCCCAGCUACAAACAUACACACACUGUACGUGCCCGACGGUGGGAAAGUAAACCGACAUCUUUUUACGACCGCCGAGAGUUUUGCAAUCAGAAGAAGUCGGAGAGCCGAGCCGUGUCGAUCGGCCAGCCCUUUGAUAAGCCCGAGAGAAGGGAGCAGCCCAGCUCAGCUCAGCCCAGAGAAGCGGAGAACAAGAGAGGAACAGGUUGCCAAGUCGAACGCGCAACGAAUUUGGAAAUCGAGCCAGCCGAAAGUGCGUGAGCGUGAUCGUGAUCGCUUGUACGUAGCCCCGAAAGCAGAAAAAGAGAUAUAGAAACCCGCAGAUCCGGACUUGCAUUUAACUUCAAAGCAGCUUGAAGGGUUUCCAACCCGUGUCCCAUGAGCAGCUGAGCCCAGCGGCAGCAGCUAAGACGGAAACCAGACUUACACCUUGAACACCCGACCCAAGCCAGAUCCAAAUGAAAACGCUAGUGCUCAGUCCGGAUGACCUGCAGAACUUCAACAAGUUCAUCUAUGACCCCAAGUCGGCCGCCCAGCUGGCCGCCAGUGCUGGAGCAAUCGGAGCAGCGGCGGCGGCGGCAGCAGCGGUCCACGGCCCACCUGCCGGCACCACAGUACAGCUGCUCCAGGGCGGCGUGGGCGGAUCGGUCAAUCCCGGCGUAGUGCCCGUGUCCGUGCCCGUACCCACCAGCACAGCCAACAGUGCCAACAACCUGAUGGCGCUGCACUACUACCUGAAGCAUCCGGGUAUCCAGCAGAUGCCCAUCCCACAGCAGCAGCAACAUCAGCAGCAGCAACAGCAUCAGCAGCAACAGCAGCACCACCAGCAGCAUCAGCAACAGUUGCUGGCCCAGUCGCAGACGCAGCUGAAACAGCUGCAGCUUAAGCAGCCGACGAUCCACCAGCACCAGCAGCACAUCAGCUACCACCACCACCAUCCGUACUACCAGCAGCAGCCGCAGCAGGCGCCGCCACCGCAACCGCAGCCUCUCAAGAGCCAGCCGCAGUCGCACCUGCCCGUGCACGCCCUCAACCAGAACUCGAACUUUUCGGCGGCCAGCUCCAGUACGGGGGGCACUGCCUCCAGCCAUGCGCCCACCCAGCAAUCGAACGGAUCCAGCGUCUCACCCACCAUUGUGUCGAGGGUGGCGGCCGUGGGGGCACCCAGCAGCAGCAAUAUUGCAGCCGCGGCCAAUGCUCUCCUGCGGGCAUCGGCCGCCUCCACAGCUCCGAGCUCCUCCGCCUCAUCGUCCUCUUCGUCCUCAUCUGCGUCGUCGAGCUCCUCGUCCAGCAGCUCCUCCUCCAGCGCCAGCAGCUCAGCGAACUGCGCAAAGAAGCUGAAGACGGAACCCGUACUCUCGCAGUACAAUCAGACGGAGCGCCUCAAUUUCGCUAACACGUACAUCGUGUGGAGCGAGGAGCACUGGCGACGGGUGAUAUUCCACGACGAGCGCAGGUUUAACCUGGACGGACCGGAUGGCUUCUCGUACUAUUUCCACGACUUGCGCAACUACGAGCGCACGCUGUCGCAGCGACCGCGUGGCAAUUCCGUGUACAUUUACCUGAUGGUCUGUGUGGGAGGAGCCGUGCAUCUGGAGGUGUCGUCCGCCAAACAGCGACCAGAAUCCUGCAUCGAGGCCAUCAUGCGAGAGCGGCCCAAUAUCGUUACCAAACUGGGCGGGAACUCGGAGUUCGUGCUGCAGGAUCACAACUGGAUGUCGCAUGCCCUGCCCACCGCCCAGGAUCUUCUGAAUGCCGAGGGCCUGAAGACCCAGAAGUGGCCCACCAUCGCCCACGAUCUGAACAUCAUGGAGAACGUGUGGGGCUGGCUCAUCCGCGAGGUGUUCGACGGAGGACGGAAGUUCUCGCGCAAGGACGACUUGAUAUUCCGCAUCAAGGAGGCGUGGUCCCGCCUGCCGCUCGACCUGAUCACCAACCUGUACAGCACGCUGCCGGAACGGAUCACGGAGCUCUACUACACACAGGGCGUCUACACGAAUUGUUGACAUCGGCGUACAGAGCAACCAGGACGUGGACAGGGCUCAGGACAGCACUUGGCCGCUUUGGCGGUCGUGCAGGCGGUGAUCGACGGUGAUCGUGUUCCAGAACCUGAUCCGAGGAGUGCCAGCUCCUCGAUGUCUGCCAGAGACCGGAGAGCGAAGGAAGCAAAUCAUUAUAUACAAUUUAACUUAACUUUUUGUGUAUAGCUUUAAGAUGUGUGCGAAGGAGCGGACAGGACUGCUUGGAGACCGACGGACUGAAAGCAAGAAAGACAGACGAUUCAACGGACGGACAGACAGACAGACGAACCGACUUGGGUUAUAAGUUAUCAAGUUUUUUAGUUAUUUAAAAAUGAUACAAAACAGAAAGCAGCAGAUUGUGGGCAGAACACACGUUAAGUGUUGCCAUAUCGCUUUGUAAUUAGUGUUUUUAUCCUCCCCUGUUUCCAUUUGCCCCUUAAACAACAACCCUUCGCCCCAAACACCCUCGUAAUUCGUAAGUCUUAAUUUAAGUUGUCGUUUUCCUUUUUACCCCCAUCCCCCCAAUCUAUUAAGAAUAUACAAAAUAUAUUAGUUACAAACAAGUUUAUUUGAACUUAA